UGAUUUUGAUUCCAUGUCUCUCCACAGCCUCACACCUCUUAUUUCCCUCCCCAUCAUACUCAAUGCUAUUAUUCAUUUUCCUCUUAUUUGGAAGGAAAUACCAUCAAACAAACAAACACAUUCUUUUUAUUUUCAAUGGGCUUAGCAUCUCUAUUUUUUUAAUUUAAGCUUCAUAGUGGGCUACUCAUUGGGCUCAUGUUAAAAGAUGAGGUCCUACUAUAAUAAUAACCUGUAAUACCAAAAAAUACCAAAAAAAAAAACCUGUAAUACCAAAAGAAAAAAUAAUAAUAACCUGUUAUCAUAUGGAGGUGACUUGGAGCGCAUGGGUAGGUAAACUUAGACCUAAAUUAUAAGAGAGAAAAAAACAAACAGAAAAGAAGAAGAAAAGGGACUUUUUUACCAAAAUACCCACCUGAAAAACAUUAAUUCCCAAAAUGCGCAUGGAUGAAAAUGUUUCUGCAAAUGUGCACCCCCAACUCGCAAGCAGCAAUUACGAAAUGAAAAUGGUAUAGACAUCAAGAAGGGUGGCCACGAAAUGGGAUUAUGGCACUGACACAAACCAUUUCGUGCCUGGCACAAAGGAAAUGGAGCAUGUCAACCUUGGUGGCCACGAAUUGGACCAAUACACGCAUGGGAAGCACGAAAUUGGAGACUUCAUUGAUGGCACACACAAAAUGGGCCAAGUCAAGUGUGUCAUCCACGAGUUGGCCAUAUCCUGGUAGGCACACACGAAAUGGGCUAUAUCAAGUGUGGCAGGCACGAAAUGGGGGGGCAGUCAAAGCAGCACGUUGCAGUUCCCAUACGAGCAUGCAUUGGGUGAAAGUGAGGCAAAUUAUUGUUGGGUUGUGAGGUUGAAGCAUAUAAAAGGAGGUUCUGGGAGGGGAGGGGACCAAAGCCAAAGUAAAAAUAGGAGAAGUGAAGUAGUGGGUUGCUUCGGUGAAAAAAAAGAGAAGUUGAGGAGUAAUUGAAUUGUUAAAAAAAUGAGUGGGAGUGGAAUUAAUGUGGAAGAAAAUCUUAAUAGGUUGGAUGAAUUUCACAUUUCUGCUCAUUUACAUGUUAAGCCGGCACGUGUCUUGACUCUGCAUGGCACGCUGGUUGAUGUUUUCUCUGUAGACGAAGCAGAUCCGAGUAUGGAGGUUAGGAGGCAGAUGCUGGAGUCGUAUCUAAGAAGAGCCGGCUUCUAUUAUGCAUCUCUGAUAAAGCGUUUUGAGUACGACAACCCAAUGAUUAGCACUCUUGUGGAGAGAUGGCGUCCUGAGACCCAUACAUUCCACCUCCCAUGGGGUGAGUGUACUAUCACUUUGGAGGAUGUUGCCAUGCAGGUGGGAUUACCAAUCGACAGUGAACCGGUCAACGGCACUCUGAGGUCAUGGAGUAAGUUCCACCAGAGAGAUAUUUGGCAAUGGUGUGAGGAAUUCCUUGGAGAAGUUUUGGACGGACAUGUUGGGACCACAAAGUAUAACAUAAAACUGAAGUGGCUCAGGAGUAGACUGCAACAGAUGCCUUUUGACUCUCCCGAGGAAGCCCUCGUACGGUGGGCAGGCAAGAGAGGAAAGAACGACUACGCCGAGCAACGCUUACAAAGGCACUGGCUAAGGUUGGACAAUUUGAAAGUGGAUGAGUUUGUCUGGAUGCACGUAUUUUGUCGAGGGUGCCUGCGGACUUUCUUGGUGCUCCGCAUGGGGAUUUCUAUACGGCGGUCGUGCCACUUAUUCUGUUCCGCUGGAUCGAGAUUGUUAACAUCGAUAGAGUCAUGUGGCAAUUUGGCGGCAAACAAGGUCCACCGAACCCUCCACUAAACAUAGACACCUUCCAUCGCCAGUCGGCUCGCAACGACGAUGGAUGGUGGCCCAUCCGCCUGCAGACAUGGUUUAAAGUAUGGGCAAACAGACGGACUGUGUCAUAUCGGCUAGAGAUUGAUAGGGCAGAUACCUUGCAUCCCAAUCAUGAUUAUUACAGAUGGUAUUGCUCGAGAACAAAGAGGUUUCUUUCACCCCCGGAGGCCUUCCAUGAUCCCCGAGGUGAUGAUAUUCCCCGAGGGGCUCCGGCAGAGUACGGUAGAGGCCCAGUUGUUCAGCUACCAGCAGUUCCGCAGGACAGGAGACGCCAUCGUUCCCGCCGUGGCAGACAUCAGGCUGUCGGAGUUGAUGAGAUGCAUGUCCCAGAUUCUCCAGUUCCGGAUCCAGGUCAGGUUAAUGUUUGGAGUCAGUAGGAACAUCCACCGGUAGAAGUGAAUUUCCCUGGAGAUGUCUACUGCCCGCAGCCGUUCGUCGUAAAGGACCCCUUUCAGUCAUCCACGGUCCAUCAGUAUAUGCCUUACAAUAGUACCUACGAGGAGGGUGGUUCAUCGCAGGGGGCGGUACACAGGACCUAAUUGACUCUAUGGAUCGAGUUGGUUGGACAAACUUUUCAUCCUUAUUUGAUGGGCUAGACCAAUUCAUUCCUUCUCAUGCAUCACCACGCACACCCACCGACUUAGGACUUGCACUUCGACUGUCUGAUUCAGGUAGUCACCCCCUGUCGGUAGGAGGAGAUCUGUUUCUGUAGGUGACACAGCCGGAUCGCAGAUGCGCCCGUUCGAGCCUUCGAUGUUAGAUGGCCGUCGCUUAUCAUAUGCGGGGGCUGAUGAGGUAGGGGAGGAGGCACAGCCAGGACGUCCCCGCCGCGACACUCGAGCACCUUCAUGUGGUACAGGUGGGAGGUUGGGACAUGGUGGACACCAUCACUAGUUCACGUUAUGGUUUUAAGGUUAUUUGUUAUCGUCCGAUGGUUGUAAUUUUCCUUGGUUUGUACUUUAUUCUGUUUUAUGGCAUCGUAGUUCGUGGUUGUUACUUUUUAAGUGUUAUAUGUAUUGUCAUGUAAUAAAUUCGGUGCUGUUAAUUUUCA